ACUGCCAAGAGAUGUUGUUUGGGUAGAGAGAGAUACAUCCAGUGGAGUUCGUAGACAGAAACGUGAGAUGCUUGGCUGGAUUGAGGCCUGGUGACUCCAGAGGCUACUGUGUUGAAUAAAUUCACAGAAUACACUAGAAUCUGCUCUAGGACUUCCCCAUUCCAGAGAUGCUGCCGAUGCCCGGAGUAUUCCACUUUCCAUGGGAGUUCAGUUCUGGAGCUGUGCAGCCAGGUGAAACACUCAGGACCUAUGGCAGACUUGCAUGUUACAAAGCAGAAGAGUCAGAAGCCACCUUGACAGCUCAUGACGGAACAUCUGAUUGCCAUGUGUGUGUGUGUACACAGUUAGUGGAACCUUUCCAGGCCAUCACAGGUGCUCCUUAUGUCACACUUGGAGAAGUAGUAAGACGAGAAGAUGGUGCUCUUGUCCUUCAUGCCCGGGUACUCACGUGUGUGGAAGGAGUUGACUUACAGUUGCUGCAAGAAGCUGUGAAUGAGCAGAGAGCCUACUUUCUGCAGAGGAGCUCACCUGAGGCAGCUCUCCCAGAAGCCUCCACUGGCACCUGACAGCUUUGCCAUCACACUGGAUAUAUUUAGUACCUUUUCUGUCCUGCUGAAGAUGACUGGGAUGGCAAUUUUAAAAAUCUGUUGUGGGUGCCAGGAGUACAAGAGUGAAAAGUCCUGCUUGCUGCCACUACAACAUCCAAUAAAGAUAAAGAGACACCUUA